AUGACCCGCCAAGUCCUGCUCUUCACAGCCUUGGCCUUAUGUCAUGGGUUCAACCUGGACACUGAAAACCCAGUGGUCUUUCGAGGGAUUGCCAGGAGCUUCGGGCAGAGCGUGGUCCAGCUUGAGGGAUCCCGGGUGGUGGUGGGCGCCCCCCAGGAGGUGAAGACGGCCAACCAGACGGGAGGCCUGUACCAGUGUGACUACAGCACGGCCGCCUGUGAGCCCAUCCAGCUGCAGGUGCCCCCGGAGGCGGUGAACAUGUCCUUGGGUCUGUCUCUGGCAUUUGCCACCAACCCUUUCCGGCUGCUGGCCUGCGGCCCCACCCUGCACCAGAUGUGCCAGGAGAACACCUACCUGAACGGCUUGUGCUUCCUGUUUGGAUCCAACCUGCAGCAGCCGCCCCAGCGGUUCCCCAGGGCCCUGCGAGAGUGCCCCCGGCAGGAGAGUGACAUUGCCUUCUUGAUUGAUGGCUCUGGCAGCAUCAACAGAGAUGACUUUCAGCGGAUGAAGGAGUUCGUCUCAACUGUGAUGAAUCAGUUCACAAAGUCCAACACCUUGUUCUCUUUGAUGCAGUUCUCUAAUGCGUUCAGGACGCACUUCACCUUUAAAGAUUUCAAGGCUAACCCGAACCCGAAUCUACUGGUGACGCCAAUCAGACAGCUGGACGGGACGACACACACGGCCACGGGAAUCCGCAAAGUGGUGUAA